AUGUAUACGGCAAUCUUAAUUUUACUUAUCUCGAAUGUGGGGCAUAUCAGGCCCCCGGAUAAUUCUAAUGGAGGUGGUAGCUAUUUACUAUCAUUACAAAUCGAUCUUCUUGAUUUACUAGUUAGACAUCUUGGUAGAUAUCCGCCUGAUUGGGAAGAUUUUUCUUUUUGUGCUUUUUAA